GGACAUGCGCAGUAAGUUGAGAUAUUACAUCACACCACCCGGCUGAUUACUUCCUCCAUUCGUGCGAGUGGUCAAGGAAGACUCGUAAAACUUACCAGGCGACUUGCUUCACAAAGGAUUCAGAUAGCUACACGUUCUGAAAACGAAAACAUGUCCUCCUAUGAAGAAAAUGAAUCAAAGUUUAUGCGAAAAGCAAAGGAGAAUCCAUUCGUCCCUCUGGGCAUGGCUGGAUUCUUUGCGAUUGUUGGAUACAGACUAUUCAAAAUGAAAAAUCGGGGAGAUACGAAAAUGUCCGUGCAUCUGAUCCACAUGCGAGUAGCCGCCCAAGGUUUUGUGGUUGGAGCCAUGACUAUUGGGGUCCUGUUUUCAAUGUACAGAGAGUACAUCGCAAAGCCCAAUGAAGAACAAAAAGCAGUACGGGACAAAUGAACAUAGGCUCUUUAACUGAUUUAAUCUCCCUUGAUAUUGCCUCAUAUUAAGGUGUGUAGAACAUUUAUUUAACAGUUGUGUUGUUUGUUGUUGUUAUUUUUUAAGCACACAUACCUUCAAAUGCUCCUAAAACUGUAGUCCAAACCAAGAUAAAACACCUCCGUCUUCUAAGUAGUACACGAGACGUUUGCUAUCAUUUUUGGACUCUUUAGGGUAUUGGUAUCACAGCUGUUUAAAUUCUUGAUACACAGUGUUUGAGAGGCCAUCCGGAUGGAUGUGUAUUAGGAAAGCCUGCUUCUUUUGAGAAUUUGUUAGUGGAAAAUUAAAGAAAAUAGACAAUACAUACGGACAUCUUUUUUUUUUUUUUUACCGUGUGUGGCUGUAUAGCCUUGGCAUAGACUUGUACAUGAUGCCAGUUGCAGGCAGUUUGAAAUUUCUAUUUAGUAUUUUUUACUAUAACAAGAAAGGAGAAGAUCAAAUCAAUUUAGCCUUUUUCUUUUUUUUUUGCGAAUAAUAAAAAAGAAGAAAGUUACUCCAAUGCAUUUGGGGGACCUCGAGGAAUGCUUAAGCAAUCCUUGGCUCAGAGAUUUCUCUAAACUCUAACAAUAUUUAUAAAUAAAUGUUUAGGUUGUUUAUUUUACUUUAUAGAGCAGAGUAUACCAUUAAGCUGAAAUGAAAGGUGAUGAUUUUGAAUUAUAUUUGACCAGGGGUAUACUCUACUGAGGGAAUAAAAUCAUCUUAUUUGAAAUCCACUGAUCAUGCAAAUGACUUGAAUGACAUGAAAAAAAAACAUUUCAUUUUUCCCAACAUGAUAUAAUACUGUGAAAAUAAAUCUUUUUAUUUUCCUUUUAUAAGUGAUGGAUAAGUUUCUUUCUUUGUCAGUGUUUCUUAAUGUCUUCAUUAUGAAGUACCACCAAAUGGUUUUCAAUGCUACGUGAACCAAACAAACUAAGAGACACACCUAUACCACGUGAUAUCCUGUCAAAUGAUAUGCGACUGGCCUGUUGAGAUGCUUUAUUAGAUAACUUACUCACUUUUCGGUUAUCUAUGAAGCGCUGUCUUCCUGCUAGCUAGUUCUUCACCUCUCUUUUUGGAAUUCUAAAAUGUGUGUGGACUUUGCCUUCUGUUUUCCCAUCUAUCAGAUUAUGAGAUACCUCAGAUAUCUUAAAGUUGCCUUUUCACUCCUCGUAUAGAUCUACUGUUACUUACAAAUAAUUUGUUGUAGCUUUUUCCUGAAGAUAUAACAAGCAACACUUUCAUUUAAGGUAGUAAAAAGCGCCAGAUACUUUCUUAUGUUGGAAUUUUUUUGCCAACGUGAAGUGUCUACCUUAAAAUAAAUAGCGGAAAGACUUGAGCAAGUGUUGUUUAUACCAUCUACUGCACAAAUCACAAAAGGGGAUUUUUGGGUGUGUACCUAGGUUAACAAAAAUGAUACCAUCUAAUAAAAAGGGAAAAAAAAUAACUGCUCAGAUUCUGGACCUCUCCUCAUUGUUCAUGUAAUUUGUAUACCUUUAAAAGGCUCUAUCUUAAUCUAAUGAGCAGAGAAAACAGGGAGUUUUGUGAAACCUCUAUGCUCCACCCCACUCUACAAAUUGAGAACAUUUUUCUAAAUAAAAUCUUUUUGACAAACACCAGCUCAAACGACCUGUUGACUAUAUUAUAACCCGAACCAGCAGAACAAUGUGAUACAACUUUUACUUUAUUAAGUGCACGUAUUAUGAGAUAGGGGAAAUAUUAUGGGGAUGGAUUGGUAUUUGAUUAUCACACUAUUGAGCUAGUGUAUGGCUGAAAUUAGUAUAGGUCCAUAUUUAUUAUCCCUAAUCAGUAAUCAUGCAGACACCAUGCAGAAGAAUCAGUCAGGGCCUGUUAGCUUGCCGUAUCAGAGUAAUUACACUUCAGUUGAGAUUGGUGAGUUCUGUUUUUUAACAGUAUCACAGGAUGCAGUAAAAAUAUUUGACAAAAAAUAUUCAAAAUGACAACACAAGAAAUUGAGUUGAUCAAACUGAACUGUUUACAUUGUCUACAAAACCAGCAAUUUCAGACAUGACACGAUACCAAAAAGGUUAUGCGUGAGUAUUUAUGUUUUUUUAUAUAUCAACAAACCAAAUAAAAUUUAUUGUA